AUGUCCUCCUCCCUCCCAGCCGUCUCGCCGCCGCUACCCAGCACAAGCGCCGCCGACUCCUUCCACCUCCUCCCCGAGGCUUCCAAGUCUGGCAGCGCAGAGACGGAGCUGUACCAGCAGCAAAUCAACCAGGUCAAGGAAUGGUGGGCCAGCCCGCGCUACAAAGGCAUCACCCGCCCCUACUCCCCAGAAGAUGUGGUCAGCAAAAGAGGCACCCUGCAGCAGGUCUAUCCCUCGAGCUUGAUGGCGAGGAAGCUGUUCAACCUGCUCGAGGAGCGUGCGGCGGAGGGCCAGCCCGUACACACCAUGGGCGCCAUCGAUCCCAUCCAAAUGACACAACAGGCGCCGCAUCAAGAGGUGCUCUAUGUCAGCGGUUGGGCCUGCUCCAGCGUCUUGACCACCACCAACGAAGUCUCCCCCGACUUUGGCGACUACCCUUACAACACCGUCCCGAAUCAAGUCCAGCGGUUGUUCAAGGCGCAGCAGCUUCACGACCGCAAGCACUUUGACGAGCGCAUGCGGAUGAGUCAGACAGAGCGGGAGAGGAAGCCAUUCGUGGACUACUUGCGGCCCAUUAUCGCCGAUGGCGACACGGGUCACGGUGGGCUCAGCGCCGUCCUCAAGCUCGCCAAGCUCUUUGCCGAGAAUGGAGCGGCAGCGGUACAUUUCGAAGACCAGCUGCACGGCGGCAAGAAGUGCGGUCACCUGGCUGGAAAGGUCAUCGUUCCCGUCGGCGAUCACAUUAACCGCCUCGUCGCCACACGUUUCCAGUGGGAUCUGAUGGGAUGUGAGAACCUCGUCAUUGCCCGUACUGAUAGUGAAAGCGGCAAGCUCCUGAGCAGCGCCAUCGACGCACGGGACCACGAAUACAUCCUGGGCGUUACGGAAGAGGUUGAACCACUGGCAGAAACGCUCCAGGUCAUGGAAAUGGAAGGCGCCAGCAGCGAGGAAAUCAACUCCUUCGAAGCGCAAUGGGUCAAGAAGCACAAAAUGGUGACGUUUGACGAGGCGGCCGAAGCCCACAUCAAAUCCACCGGCAACAAUCCCCAGAAAUACCUCGAUGAGAUGAAAUCCAACCGCAACACGCCCCUGCACAAACGCCGGAAACUCGCCGCCGACAUCGCCGGCAGCCCCGUGACCUUCAGCUGGGACAUUCCCCGCACACGCGAAGGCUUCUACCACUACAAGGCCGGUAUCCCCGCCGCAACGAAGCGCGCAAUCGCCUUUGCCCCCUACGCCGACCUCCUCUGGCUCGAGACCGCCGACCCGUCUGUGGAAAAGGGCGCCGGCUUCGCCAGGGAGAUCCGCGCCGCCUACCCGGGCAAGAAACUCGUCUACAACCUCUCGCCAUCCUUCAACUGGUCCGCCCACGGCUUCUCCGACGCCCAGCUCAAGUCCUUCAUCUGGGACCUCGCGAAAGAGGGCUUCACCCUGCAGCUGGUCUCCCUCGCGGGCUUGCACUCGACAGCCACCAUCACGCACGAGCUGGCCAAAUCGUACAAGACGGAGGGCAUGAAGGCGUAUGUGGAUAUCGUGCAGCGACGGGAGAAGGAGAGUGGGUGUGAGGUUCUGACGCAUCAGAAGUGGAGUGGUGCGACGUAUAUGGAUGGGAUUAUUGGAGCUAUUCAAGCGGGCAGCUCGGGUAGCAGGAGUAUGGGAGAGGGGAAUACCGAGGGGACGUUUUAG